AUGGACUGGCAGGACGAAAUAGGACGCCGGGUGCUCAGGUGGCAGACUCCAGGAGGGCUGUUCUCGAGGUAUCAAAUUUACACGUUUUUUGCAAUUCGACAAGAUUGAAAAUUCAAUUCACCAAACAGACACGGAUAUCGAUAUACUCGCAUGAUGACAUGGGAAUGUCGUGCACCUGUGCUCUGCUCUUCUACACUACAAGUACAAGUAGCAAAAAAAUCCUCUGACGUAUUCGUCGCACCUCUGUCAGGUUAAAGGCACGACGCUCGUCGGGUGGAUCACCUCUGCUCGCAAGACAACAACCGGUGCGGUGCGACUACCCCCUGCCAUGGAGAUUUGAUUGGGGUAUCAUUUCUGAUAUGUAGUUGACGGUGCUACUGCAAGUCGUGUACAUAAGAAAGGAGAAACAUCUAUUGAAAUGCUCCAACUUCCACAAAUGUAGAUUGAAGUACAUCAAAACUACAGGUGGUCACGACCCAGCGUGCCCCAUGAUGGAGAUGGUGAUUACCAUGCACAACAGCAUGUACGCCAUGUUUACCGGGAUUGUGUUCUGGGUCUGCUGGAUUUUCUUCCGCCCCCGACACAAGUGUCUCAACUUCGGCCGCUGAAGCAUCUUUCCGGCGGUUGUAAUUAUAGGGAUGAAAAAUUUAUGAAACUUUUCAUAUGUUGGCGUCGUGGUUUUGUACGCGUGCUUCUACUUACGUGACGUAAAUAAUGACCGUGCAGAAAUAGAAGCAACACGCCUCAAUAAAAAAAAAAACGAGACGGAAACAAAACGACUACAGCGAAGCCAAGGAACGAGUCCAUCACUUCUGAAGAACACACAGUUUUUGUGUGAAAAUAUGACUGAACGCGCUUUCAUGUUGGAUGUGCAGACUCUCAAGAAGACGAGAGAGAGAGUGUUGGGUACGAUAGCGAACGAAAAUGGAACAAGAAGCAGCUUUUUUACCUAGCGGGUGAUAAAAUGCAGAUCCACAUCCACGACCACGACAGUAAGUAGACCCG